AUGAAGAAGUCUCGUGGUUGUUAUAAGUCGCAUCUACAACCUGUCAAAGAUGCAGGCCUUUGCGAGCAGUCCCAAAGAACCGGAGGGUUUGAAUUGGAUCUGCGGAUUAUCGACCUCAAUAAUAUCCCCCUUGUCAGCGGGACUACCUGCGUGAAAUGGCGAUUGCCUUCGUCAACCUCGAACGAAACUCAUGGAUCCACCGAUAGGGCAUUAAUCCUGGACCACCGAGCGUCCUGGAACUACGAGAAGACUUUCCAGAUCAGGCUGACGAUCGACCGGAACCAAACGCUCAAUGAAUGUGAUAUGGUUUUCGAAGUUCAACAGGAGUUUUCGUCGGGGGGGCACAACGAAAAGAAUUUGCUAGGGAGGGUUAAGAUCAACCUCUCGGAAUACGUUGAUAAAAGCGAUGACGACGAUGGCAUCGUCCGGCGGUACUUGAUGCAGGAUAGCAAGAUAAAUAGCACUCUCAAAAUUGGCAUAGCCGUGCGCCAAGUGGAAGGAGAUAGGAAUUUUACGACCCCCCCGCUCAAAUCUGCAAUGGCUUUCGGGGGUAUCACUGGAGUAGUGGCAUCAGAACAGGCCGAGGCUGACGACCUCGGCCAAUUACCAUCAAUCAAUACUCAGAGCCGAGAAAUUGCCGACAUGCAAGAAAUGUAUCGACGUACUCUAGCUGCCUCCUGGAUAUCUCGGUCAGAUGAACUUCCUGCGGACAAAUUAAUCGAAGAGCUUUUUGCGGGAAGUGUCGGCUGGACUGAUCCCCAUGAUCAUGACUCUGGGCAAACAGCUGAUAGCCAUCCGGAUGAACUAUCCCCGCAUCAGGGGGUGAGUGCAACAAAACAGACUAUGUCGCGCAAUAGAUUAUCCCCCCACUUCGAUAAGCGAACAAAGGGCUCGGGUGGCCAUUUCCGCCAUGGAGGUAAGGGACUGGAUUUCGCCCCAGCCCUCGACCAUACUGGGAAAGCAGGGAGUAUCGAGCAACAACUCUUUGAUGGUGCCAAAGGGAAGAGCUGGCGAAGUCGUGCCGCAGACCACGAGCUGUCGGAAUUCCAUGUCCGGGAAGACUUACGAAGUUGGGAGAUGCUGUCUCAAUCCUGCAAAGGUGCAGGGGGCCUUCUCAACUCGCAGUUACUGAUCGCAUGCAGGAGGAAUGCCAUCCACGUGACCUCUCGUCGACAUGAUGUUUUCUCUCGAUCCCAGAAUACCGCCAGCGAUUCCAGCGAUGGCUCCCACCUCAGCCGUGUGCCCUAUAGGCACAAGUCUAGCCGCCGGAAUCGAAAUCCAAAACGACCUCAAAGCCGGAAGGUUGAGCUCGAUGUGACUUCCCUGGGACAACCCGGGGAAGUAGUCGUCGUACGGGAGCGAAAGCACCGUCGCCAUGUCCCGAUAAUCUCGACUCUGCCUGGUCAAACUGCGGACAAAAGCGCCCUCCCAUUUAUGCUCAAAGAUAUCGAGGAAGACCUAUCCAUUGCCGACAGCUCCGUGAUAGCCGAACGCAUCGAGAGUUUUCGCCUCUCUUACCAAUCCCGAGACAAACUAAGCUUAAGCGAUUGGGAGGAUAUCAGAAGCAGGCUUCAGUCGUCCUUCACAAUUCGGCAAUUAGCCGAGUACAUAGCCGAGAAUAGGCAGGAUGGCGCUGCGUCAAUGGAAUCUGCAGGUUCUGAGAAAGGCAACGCUUCAGAAUGGAGACCUGGGACUUCCGUGUUCCUGGAAACAGGCCCAGCCGCUCGAGAGGGCGUCGCGGAGAGAGUUGCGAUAUCUCAGGACCUUAAAGGCAAGGAUCUUUUGGCGGAGAGGAUACUUAGGGAUUGCUGGCAGCUCGGCGUUAUAAACGAGAUUGGGCAGCUUGAUAUUCGCCUCCCUUCGCAUUGUUUGUCUCUGCUCCUUCGCUCAGACCAUUUUUCGUUCGAGGAACUGGCCAGCCUCCAUGAGGUUAAGGUCGAUGUCACGCAUUCUUUGGGCCUUGUAAGGGUGACCGGAAAGCAGCGAUCGUGUGAAUCUAUACGUGAAAUCGUCCACGAUACUACGAACAGGAUACGACAGGAAGAACUUGAGCUAUUACCACCAAAUAACACCACAGCAAAAACUAUCGGGCGAAUUUUUACUUCAGAUUUUAUAACCUGGGUCAGCGAAACAUAUGGAGUCGCAUUCGAACGAAAUCCGUUGCAUGUCCCGAGCCGAAUAUUCUAUCUCCUCGAAAAUAAAUUUGAUGCGGAGAACGCUCGGAGAACCCUAAACCUCGCAGUCCGCAAUGCGUCGCCCAUCCAUAUACCAUUCAGCACCUAUAUGUCCGCCUCUGAACCAUCGGCUGUACACGGCGUUGACGCAGAAAAUUUUACCUCAUGGCCCGACCGCCAGGGAUCAUGGUUUCGGUGGGGAAUAUCACCUACCCAAGCUACCAAGAUGGUGAACCUAAAUAGAUCUUUCUUUGACAAGCACCAAACCCGACUUUCAGACGAGCUUCUUAAACUACUUCGCGCGCGGCCACCAACAGCAAAUCCCACUUUAGAAACCGCUUCUGAGGUUCAUGAGUCCGUAACAGCAGCGGUCGGUAGAUGUCUGUUCUCACGCAAGCCGUUCUUCGAAGAGAAACAGGCUAGUGCUUCUGAGUUAGGAAAGAUGUGUCUUCCGAGGGUUUUCACCACUGAUAUCCCUCGGGCGGCCCACUUCCUACGCAUGUUGACGCCACGUUUUUCAGAGGAAGGCAUGCGGUCUCAUCUGAUUAGGCUUGUACCAUCCGGUCUUCAUGCAAGUCUAUUCCCGCAGCUCGAGCUGGAGGUUUCCACAAAAGCAGGCAAAUCAGAUAGCCCCAGUGAUGAUGACUGUGUCAUCCGUGGGGCCAAGGCAGUCUUGGAUGAGAGUCAUGUUGAUUAUUUACUCCCGGAGGCUACUCUGGACAUUCGGUUCACUCGGAAGCUGACCCACGACCUCCUAGCUAGGCCCGGGGAAAAUUGCUUGGAAGGUCUUCAAAGCGAUCUACAGGAUUGUUUCAACCGAAGUAUUACCAGUGACAGUGAAGUUCCUCUGCCAACAUUUGCUUCAAUAACUCUCCCGAAUAGCCUUCUUGGCCAUACUAGUCAAAAUCUCGAUUCGAAUGGGUCUAGUACAGGAGAGUACAUGUUCCUACCCGUAAAGGACAUUCAGGGUACCCAAACUCACCAGUAUGAGUUCCGAGACCAGAACCUCUUUUAUUCUUUCUAUGAGAGCGGACCAUACAAUCCUCAAACUACGACCGAGCUCUUCCUCCGGAAGGAUUUGGUCGACAGUUCCACCGAAUUCCGGGCCGGCUCAGAAAACGGCUUGUCACCACAACCACUUCAACAGGAUUUCAAUUCAUUCUAUAACACGGCCUGCGCUUUAGCGUUUGAACUACAUACAUUUUGA